GAGAGAGGGUCGAGUGAGUUUAGGGAGUGCUGAGCUGAGUUUUUAGAGAGAGUUUUGAGUUGGGUUUAGAGAGAGAGAGAGUGUGUAAUUUACGCAUUGCCUGCUUACUGGCGGUUAGUUUUUUAAAAAGUGACGUCUCCACAUUCCAUUCUCCCCCUUCCACUUUCUCCAUCCAUCUCCUCCUCUCUGCAACUGCCCAUCCUCUCGCUCUCUCUUCCCCCAAUUUUCAGUUUUGCGGGGGUGAAAAGCAGUGGUAUAGAAAUGGGUGAGGAAUGCUGCUCCACACAGCUCAUUGAUGGAGAUGGAGACUUUAAUGUUUCUGGUCUUGAUAAGUUUAUGAAGACUGUGAAACUGGGUGAAAGUGGUCUUUCUUAUGCUGUUGUGUCCAUAAUGGGUCCUCAAAGUAGUGGGAAAAGCACUCUUUUGAACAAUCUUUUCCAUACCAAUUUUAGGGAAAUGAAUGCCUUUAAGGGGCGGAGUCAAACAACUAAAGGCAUUUGGUUAGCGAAGUGUGUGGAUGUUGACCCUUGUACAAUAGUAAUGGAUUUAGAGGGCACCGAUGGACGUGAGAGAGGAGAGGAUGAUACAACUUUUGAGAAGCAGAGUGCACUUUUUGCUUUGGCUGUUUCUGAUAUAGUGCUCAUAAAUAUGUGGUGUCAUGAUAUUGGCCGUGAGCAAGCUGCCAACAAGCCUCUCCUUAAGACAGUGUUUCAGGUCAUGAUGCGGUUGUUUAGUCCUCGCAGAACAACAUUGUUAUUUGUUAUCCGAGAUAAGACUAAGACACCAUUGGAAAAUUUGGAACCAGUUCUGCGAGAAGAUAUCCAGAAGAUAUGGGACUCUGUUCCGAAGCCACAGGCUCACAAAGAAACUCCCCUUAGUGAAUUUUUUAAUGUGGAAGUUGUGGCUCUUUCCAGUUAUGAAGAGAAGGAAGAGCAAUUUAAAGAACAGGUCAUGCAUCUGAGGCAGAGAUUUUAUCAUUCUAUUGCUCCUGGUGGAUUGGCUGGUGAUAGACGAGCAGUUGUUCCAGCCUCAGGAUUUUCUUUCAGUGCACAACAAAUUUGGAAAAUAAUACGGGAGAACAAGGACUUAGAUCUUCCUGCACACAAGGUGAUGGUUGCUGCCGUUCGCUGUGAAGAGAUUGCCAACGAAAAGCUAGCCCAUUUGUCUGCUAGUGAGGAGUGGCAUCAGUUGGAGGAAGCAGCGAACUCUGGUCUCGUGCCAGGUUUCGGAAAGAAGCUUAGCUCUAUUCUUGAUGCAUGUUUCUCUGGGUAUGAUGUGGAAGCUAUUUAUUUCGAUGAAAAUGUGAGGACUGCAAAGCGACAACAAUUAGAAAGUAGAGCAUUGCUACUCGUGCAUCCUGCUUAUCAAGCCAUGCUGGGGCAUAUUCGGUCAAGUACAUUUGAUAAUUUUAAGUACAAGUUUGAUCGUUCUCUGGAUGAGGGGAUUGGAUUUGCUCUGGCAGUUCGUAAAUGCAUACAAUCUUCUAUGUCAGAGUUUGAUGCAGGAUGUACUGAUGUGGUUAUAGAACAUGCAAAUUGGAAUGCUUCUAAAGUUCGUGAGAAAGUUCGACGUGAUAUUGAUGCUCAUGUGACAUCUCUCCGUGCUGCCAAAUUGUCUCAACUUAUUGCUCAUUAUGAGAAACAACUCGAUGAAGCCCUUGCUGCACCUGUCGAAUCUCUUCUCAGUGCUGCUAGUGAUGAUACUUGGCCCUCAAUAAGAAAACUACUUAAACGGGAGACUGAGCAAGCCACUUCAGGGCUUUCUUCCACUCUUGCAAGUUUUGAAGUUGAUGAAAUAACUCAUGAUCAGAUGCUUGCAAAUAUUGCAGGCUUUGCUAGAACUGUGGUUGAGAAAAAGGCAAGAGAAGAAGCUGGGAAGGUCUUAAUUCAUAUGAAGGAUAGGUUUUCUACAAUAUUCAGCCAUGAUGCUGACUCCAUGCCUAGAGUUUGGACUGGGAAGGAAGAUAUCAGAGCAAUCACAAAGAAUGCUCGCUCUGAGUCUAUGAAGCUGCUUUCUGUUAUGACUGCAAUUCGUGUAGAUGAGAAACCUGAUGAUGUUGAGAGUACUCUUCUGUCUGCUUUACUGGAUGCUCCUAACAAUAAUGUUUCUAAAAAGAGCAUCACAUCCUCAUUGGAUCCACUGGCGUCCAGUUCUUGGCAAGAGGUUCGUCCAAACAAUACAUUGAUUACCCCAGUGCAAUGUAAGUCCUUGUGGAGGCAGUUCAAAGCAGAAACAGAGUACACGGUCUCACAGGCCAUUGCUGCACAGGAGGCCUCCAGGCGUAAUAACAGCUGGAUGCCGCCUUCAUGGGCAAUUGUGGCUCUGAUCAUCCUUGGCUUCAAUGAAUUUAUGACACUCUUAAGGAAUCCCCUAUAUCUUGGUGUGAUUUUUGUUGCUUAUCUACUGAGCAAAGCUCUUUGGGUUCAGCUUGACAUAUCUGGGGAAUUUCGCAAUGGGGCUCUUCCUGGAAUUUUGUCAUUAUCAACUAAGCUUGUUCCUACUAUUAUGAAUCUUCUAAAGAGACUGGCAGAUGAGGGACAAAAGUUCGCUCCUCCUGAGCCUCCAAGAAACCCAAUGCUCGACUCCCAGAGUUUCAAAAAGGAAUUACACAAAGACCUUUCAUCAGAUUCCUUUGGGGUCGAGUAUUCUAGUUCGUUGACUCAGUGACCAGGUUCCGAUGCGUGCACUUAUUCCUUUUGAUCCCUCUAGUGCGUGUGGUUUGUAUUACAAGGCCAUAGCCCCAUUGUUUUCAAUGUUUAUUGGCUUGGUUAGAGUGUCAUGAAUGCUCUACCUUUCAAAAUUUUUGUGGUAUUCUUUUUAUGUUGUUGGUCUUGUGUUGUGGAAGAGUGGCGUGGCCUGUUUUGGUGGAGGUAUAGGUAGAUUUGGGAAAUGAUUCACUAGUCCCCUUGUUAUGUAUCUUUUCUAACAUGCAUAUACCCUUGUUAUGUAUCUUUUCUAAUAUGCAUAUACCGUUGCUAUUUGAAUGUAUAUGGUAGACAACUAGAUACCUGUCCUACCAAUUUUAUUGUAUUGCAGUUUUCCUACUAUUUUCAGUGUU